AUGACUUUCAUUGUUGAUAAUGCUUCUGUGAAUGAUGUUAUAAUUAGAAACAUGAAGGAGUGGCUUUCUGGGCAGGGUAAACUUCUUUUGUUAGGGGAAUUGUUUCAUGUGUGUUGCACAACACAUGUUUUGAACCUCAUUGUGCAAGAUGGGUUGGAUAUUGUUAGGCACUUAAUGGGAAAAAUCAAAGAAUCGGUCAAUUAUCUACAAGCUUCAAGCCAAAGAAAUCUGAAAUUUGAAAUGACAAAAAGUCAAUUGAAGAUUCAUAGUAAAAAGGAGUUGGUUUUGAAUUUCCCCACAAGAUGGAAUACAACCUAUGAUAUGCUCAAAACUGCACUUGAGUAUAGGGCUACAUUUGCUCGAUUGGAACAAAUUGAUAAAGAAUAUAAUCUUAAUCCAUCUUUUGAGGAGUGGGAUAUUGGUCAAAUUGAUGAGUGGCUAUUGAGCAAGUAUGAUUAUAUUCAAGCAGUGGUUGGGAAAAUGUUGGGAAAGUUCAAAAAAUAUUGGGAUGAGGUUAGUUUACCUUUGGAAGUAGCAGUGGUUUUUUAUCCAAGAUACAAGUUGGCAUUUGUGAGGUAUAAUUUGCAUAGGGUUUAUGGUUAUGUGGGUGAAGAUGAAGUGGCAAAAGUGUGUGAAUGCCUUUAUAACCUUUACUUUCAUUAUGAAAAUUAUGAUACCUCAUUCACUCUUAAUGAAGAGAGUAAUCCCUUUGAAUCAUCCAUAACAAGUUCAGCUUCGGGUGUGAUGCAAGAGAGUAAGAAGAAGUAUCUCAAAGGCUUUAAAAAAUGGUGCACAAUUUCUUUUGAUGAAUCACCUGCUUCUUCUAUCUCUCCUAUUAAUAAAUCUAUUGAAACUCUGAUGACUCCAUCCUCAAAUCCAAGUGGAAGUGAAAGUGCAAGCACAAAUUUUGAUGGAAAUGGUGCUCAUGCAAAUGGUGCAUCCAAUUAG